AUGCUGCCACGUCUUCUACGUCAACCCCCCGGCGCCAGCGGAAUUUGGAAUACAGCCAAGAGGGAGGACGCCGUGGUGACCAAGCACCUGACCAGAGCUCUGGACCCAUCCGUCCUGGUCAUGCCCGGCGAGGGGGCAAAAGUACCCUGGACAGAUCGCGGUGCACACAGUUGCAUAUGGCGUGAUGAUAAUCUCUCAAGAAACGGGUUGCUCGACCUCUGGAGGUCCGAGAGAAGCGAAGAGAAUCUGCCACAGAACUUGUCUAGUACGUCCGAAGACGAGCCGUCAGGAACCGGUAUGGUCGAAGCUCAAACGGUGAUUGAUAUUCGACAGAUUGAAGGAAGAUUUAACCAAACAUUGGGGGCAGAUGAGCAACAACCCGUCGCAAAUGUGAUAUUGACACCGGGUCUUUCAGGUGAUCAACCUCUUCCAGAAAGACUGCCACCGGGAAUGCAGCGCCUCGAACAAGUCCGACAAAAGGUCCUCCAGAGCACGCGGGCGUAUCUGGAAGCCGAUUCCCGACUAUGUGUGAAUGCACAGGAUCCACGAGGCGACGUCAAUGAAACAGAGAUGUAA